AAUGUGUGCUUAAUGAUCAUCUAGGACAAAUCAUUUGACAAACUCUGACAAAUUUAUUUAUUAUUUUUUUUUUUUCUUCGUUUCUAUCUCUGCCCGUUUUUGUUCGACUGAUUUCGUGCGCCAACAACAAAUUUCGUCGGUGAAAAGAGACAAAACAAAACAUAUUACGACCUUAGAAAACGACUCUCUCUAAAAGAGUCUAGAAAAAAUAUUUAAGCAUUUUGUUGUUAUCGUUUGUGUCCCCAUCAAAAUAAUUAAUAUUAAAGUGUUUAAUUUAUAAGAAAAAAUUAAAAUUAAGUCAAAAAUGUGUACAUUAUUUUCACCAUCACUUGGUGGAUUAAUUGUUAAUUCAAAAUUGAUAAUUAAAUUAUUAAAAAAUAGAGGAAAUAAUUGUUUGCUCCAAACAACAAAUUCAUUUAAUUACAGUACAAAUGUUUUUGCAAGUGGAAAAAAAAUAACACGUGAAGAAAUGCAUCACAAUUAUAAAAAAAUGGGAGAUAAAUGUAGAUCUAAAAAAUUACCAAAAGAUGUCAAUUCAAAAGGAGUAUUUGCUUGCAAUGAACUGGAUUUAAAAGAAGUACAAGUUUAUGGUUUUGAUUAUGACUACACUCUUGCAUGUUACAAGCCAUCAUUAGAUUAUCUACUGUACAAUCUUGGUAGAGACAUGUUGAUAAAAAAAUACAAGUAUCCAGAAGGAAUUGCUGAGCUUGAAUACAGAGAUGAUUUUGCAGUACGUGGUCUUCACUAUGAUAUUGAAAAAGGACUAUUAUUAAAACUUGAUAGUUUUUUACAAAUUCAACUUGGUACAGUAUAUCGUGGUUUACAUCCGGUUCCGAAUGAAGAAGUUCUUAGAACAUAUAAAAACCGGAUUAUACCAAUUGCAUAUGUUGAGUCACAACACAAGAAUGCUCAUGAUGGACCACAUCGUCAAAAAAUGGUACAGCUUGCUGAUUUAUUUUCUGUUCCGGAAAUGGGUCUACUUUGUAAUGUCACAGAAUAUUUUAUUCGUAAUCAUAUUGAUUAUCAUCCAGAAAUAUUAUUUCGUGAUGUCAAGAAUUCAGUACAAAUGUGUCAUCCAAUAAUGCACAGUAUGGUUUGUAAUAAUGUCCAUGAAUAUCUUGAGCCAAAUAAGGAUAUAUCAAAUUUUUUAAAACGUCUUAUUGCAACUGGUAAAAAAAUGUUUCUCGUAACAAAUAGUCCAUUUCAUUUUGUUGAUAAAGGCAUGAAAUAUCUUGUUGGUGAUGAAUGGAAAGAAUAUUUUGACGUGGUUGUUGUACAAGCAAGAAAACCAAAAUUUUUUACUGAUGAAUCACGUCCACUUCGUAUUUAUGAUGAAAAACAACAGACUCAACUUUGGGAUCGUGUUACUAAACUUGAAAAAGGUGUUAUUUAUCUUGAGGGUACCGUUAAACAGCUUCAAGAUAUGACUGGAUGGAGAGGCCAUCAAGUACUUUAUUUUGGUGAUCAUCCAUACAGUGAUUUGGCUGAUGUUACAUUAGAACACGGCUGGAGAACAGGAGCAAUCAUCAAGGAACUAACACAUGAAAUUGAAACUUUAAAUCAUCGUAAGUUCAAAGAAAAUGCAAAUUGGCUACAAAUGCUAACGGCAUUGAUUGAAGAUCAUCAAGAUUAUGAUGGUCCAGAAGUACAAGCACAGCUGGAAGAAUGGAUGGCUGAACGUGAUAAAAUACGUAACGAUAUAAAACAUGUUUUUAAUCCACAAUUUGGAUCAGUAUUUAGAACUUAUCAUAAUCCAACAUAUUUCUCAAGAAGAUUAUUUAGAUUUGCUGAUAUUUAUAUGAGCUCGAUAACAAACUUGUUGUACUACUCGACAACACAUACAUUUUAUCCGAGACGUGGUGUUAUGCCUCAUGAGUACAUUAGUUAUUUUAUGUAAUUUAUAUUUUGUUUUUUAUUUUUGAUUCAAGUUUUUCUUCGUGAUGUUAAUUCAAAAUUUACUGCCAAUUUGAUAUUAAUUUACUACCUUAUGUAUUAGAAUGAAAAGAGAAUUUAGCAAUUAUUUAGCUCAUAGAACUCAGGAAUC